AGCGGGUUCAGAGGGGAAAGGUGGAAGGAUGAAGAAAUGGCAGCCGGCACGCUGCGGUGUUGGCAGUGACCAAAAUGACUAAUUCCACGACAUUUCUUCUCUCGGAUAUAUUUAGCACGAGGUCCUGAUUUUAACCCCAGUCUAUAUUUUACCAGGAACUCGUUUGAAGACUUCAAACAAUGGCUGUACUGUACGAGAUGGCGUGGCGUGUUUUGUACGCGCUGUUGCACCUUCAGCGCGCUCUGAUCACCUGGUUCCGAGUCCACAUCUGGAGGUGGAAACGAGCCGUGGUGGCUUUAUUAUUGACCCUCGCACUCGGCUUUCACAAUCAGAAAAAGACUGGACCGGUGGGCAAAAGGGUCACCCGCCGGGUGCGCUGGGGAGCGGACGGUCGGGCGUUAGAGAAGGUGCCGCUUCACGUAGGAAUAUUAAUCGCUGAAGAUGAGAUCCACUACACUGACGUUGCCAAUCUGGUGGUCUGGUGCAUGGCGGUGGGCAUCUCAUACGUCAGUGUGUAUGAUAAUCAAGGUGUGUUCAGGAGGAAUAACUCCAGACUGAUGGAGGAGAUCCUGAAACAGCAGCAGGAUCUUCUGGGAAUGGACAGUUCUAAAUACUCGGUGGAAUUCCUAAAGAACAAAAAGGAUAAACAGGAGCAUCAGGUGUUGUCUUGCCAGUCAGUGGUGAAGGUUUUAUCACCAGACGAUGGCCAGCUCAGUAUUGUCAAGGCAGCCCAGCAGCUGUGUAAGGCCGUCGAGCAGAAGGAGAAGACGUCCAAAGACAUUGAUGUCACACUUCUUGACUCAUUACUCAGAGAGUCACAUAAUAGACCCGACCCAGACCUGGUGUUGAAGUUCGGCCCUGUUGAAAGUACACUUGGAUUUUUGCCCUGGCACAUUAGACUAGCAGAGAUUAUCUCCUUACCGUCCCACAUCAACGUUUCUUACGACGACCUGCACGGUGCUCUCCAGCGUUACACGAGGUGCGAGCAGCGCUUGGGCAAGUGAAGAACCGUGUGUGGAGAGAUGAACAGAAUGAAAAGAAAGGGGUGGAGGGGAUCCAUCCCUUUCGUCAUGUUUACAGUACAAGCACUGGAGCCCCAGCGUCAGCAACCUACUGCUGCUCGUCCCCGUCCGGAUCAUCUCCGCUCUUCUCCUCUGAGGCCUGCCUGGUGUCUCUGUGUGUAUGUGGUUGUACUUGUGUGUGUGUGUGUGUGUGUGUGUGUGUGAACGGUAAAUCUACUCAUCUAAAGGACCCGAGCGCCACCCUGUGUCACGCCAACCACCAAGCCGGUCGCAAUAUGGAGCUCCGUUAGCCAUAUGGUGUAAAUGUACUCACUUUCCAUUUACGUAGUUCUGGAAACUUGGUGUACCUUGACGGACUCGUACGAACCACGUCUGUGCACUGAACUUAAAGGUGGUUAUGUACAAUGGUACGUCCCGCAUAACAUGACUCUGUGAUGCUCGCCAAGAGCCCUCGGAGGUGAAAUUGUUGAACUUGCAAAAUGAGAGCUUUCCAAAAACUGGCUUUUAGUCUCUCAACUCCUCUGUGACGAUGCGAUGAGAUUUUCCCAUAGAUGAAUCUUCUGCAUGUAGACUCAACAUUAUACUCCCAUUACAGCUUUUCAAUUUAAGUGGAUUUGGUUAUAUUUGUGUUUAUUUGUAAUUGAUGUUUGACUGUGUGGGUGUGCAACAAAUGACAACAAUAAGCAUUAAACACUGAUAUUUGUAAUUCCAAGUGCUUAAAAUUGAUAGUUUCGAGUCGUCCCCCUAGAGCUCUUACUGUUUGUAAUAGCUCACAGUGCUAAUUAUGUUUUUAUUUGAUUAUUUUUCGAUUCCGACAUCUGUUGAAACUAUAAGUUGUUUUAUUUUCCCCAAUCAAUAUCUCUAAAUCAAACACGUAUGUUUUAUAUUGACAUUCUUUGAGAUCCAUAAUGGCAUUGGCUUUGCAUUAUGCACGCAUCACAACGGCUCAUUGAGGAAGUCUUAAAUGUAAAAUUUGUGUCUUACUGUUGGCAGGGUUGGUUUACUAGCGUCCAGCGUGCAUGUACAAUAAACGUUACUGAACCGUC